GUCGUUUCACGCGAAAAAGAUGUAUCAGGGAGGCACGUGGAAAUAGAUGCUGUUUUACAUAUGCUUACUAGUACAAAAUGCAGGUUUCUAAUCCCAAUAAUGUUAAAAUAUACAACCUCAGUGCUGGAAAAUCGCUACCAGAGUGGUUAUCAGACAGAAAGAAAAGGUCACUACAGAAGAAUGACAUAGAUCUAAGGAGGAGAAUCAAUUUGAUACAGGACUUUGAGAUGCCCACUGUGAGCACCAAUGUAGCAGUUACUCCAGAUAAACAGUAUAUAUUUGCAGCAGGCGUGUACAAGCCAAGAAUUAGGUGCUAUGAUAUGGCACAGAUGUCCAUGAAGUUUGAGAGGUGUCUGGAUGCUGAAGUUAUUAAAUUCCGCAUUCUAUCUGAGGACUACUCCAAGGUUGUGUUCCUUCAAGAUGACAGAUAUGUGGAGUUUCACAGUCAGAUGGGGAGAUACUUCAGGACAAGGAUACCUAAGUUUGGCAGGGACUUUCACUAUCAUUAUCCGUCCUGUGAUUUGUUCUUUGUUGGUGCUAGUCCAGAAAUUGUCAGACUAAAUCUGGAGCUGGGGAGAUUCAUGUCACCCUUGAAGACAAAUGCUGUGGAACUGAAUUGCUGUGAUAUCAAUCCUCAUCAUGGUUUGUUCACUUGUGGGACAACAGAAGGCAAAGUUGAGUGUUGGGACCCAAGGACCAGAAAUCAAGUUGGUCAGCUAGAUUGUGCCAUUGGAAGCAUAGUUCAGGAGCUUGAAUUAGAGGGUGUUCCAGAAAUAACUUCCCUGAAGUAUAGAGAUGCAUUGACUCUUGCAGUGGGCACAUCUGCUGGACAUAUCCUGUUGUAUGACAUAAGAUCAGACAAGCCCCUAUUGGUAAAGGACCACCAGUACGGCCUACCUAUCAAAUCUAUUGCUUUCCACGAAGGCCUGGAUGUGGUACUCUCCAUAGACAGCAAGAUUCUCAAACUCUGGCACAGAGACACUGGUAAACCUUUUACUUCCAUUGAGCCUGGUGUGAAACUGAAUGACCUGUGUGUUUUCCCAGACUCUGGGCUGCUGUUUAUGGCCAACGAGGCUCCUAAAGUGCUCACAUACUACAUACCUUCACUGGGCCCUGCACCUAAAUGGUGCUCUUUCCUGGACAAUCUUACAGAAGAGUUAGAAGAAACGGACGCUCCUCAAGUGUAUGAUGACUACAAAUUCUUAACUAGACAAGAGCUUGAUGAGCUGGGACUCUCUCAUUUGAUUGGGUCUAAUUUACUGAGGGCCUACAUGCAUGGUUUCUUCAUAGAUAUCAGGUUAUAUCACAAGGCAAAAUCUAUAGUGGAGCCGUUUGCUUAUUCUGAAUAUAGAAAGAAUAAGAUCAAGGAAAAGAUUGAAGAAGCAAGAGCUAACAGAGUGAGAGUCAAGAAAUUACCUAAAGUCAACAAAAAUCUAGCUGAGAGGUUGAUGGAAGAGCAAGAAGAGCAGCAAAAAUCUGGGAAAAAGAAGGGCAAGAAAGAGACUUUCAACUUACUUGGAGAUUCACGUUUUGCCGCCAUGUUCAGCAAUCCCGAUUUCCAAGUGGAUCCAGAGAGUGAAGAAUAUCGUCUGCUCAAUCCUGUGGUCUCCAAGCUAGAAAAGGAUAGAAGGAAAAGACAAGAGAAACAAGAGAGGCUUGCCCAGCAAUUUGAAGAAAUAAAUGAUGAGUUGGAGGGCAGACCAAGCAGUGAGGACAGCAGUUCAGACGAUGAACACACCUGGACCAAGGAGUUAAAAAAACAGCACAAACAGCUCUCAGAAGAAGCUAAGGCAAAGAAAAAGAGAGAACGUGAAGAAAGAGAGCUCAAACCAAAAUUCUAUGAAAUCAAAGAAGGAGAAGAAUUUCAUAGUUUCAAAAGAAAAAAGAAGACAUUGAGCAAAAAAUCUUUGGCAGAGCGUGUAGCAGAUGAAGAUUCAAGUGGUAUUGUUCGCCAUGUUGGAUCCUCUCUAGGGGCCAGAGAAAUGGUGUUCUCCCUCAAGAAGAAUGAAAAGGAAAAGCAUAAAAGGCGUGAGGCAAUAGAACACCAUGCAGAAAGAAGAAAACUGAGAAGAUCUGCAGGGGACAUUGCCGGCAAACAGAAGCCCAAAUCAAAGUUCUGGAUGGGGAAGAAAGUAUCUUGAUGGCAUGAUCAGUAUUACAUCAGACUCUUGGAACAGAACUAUCAAACUAUCAAAAGAAACUGUAGAAAGGAAUUUUGAUGCACAUUUUGAAUGAGAGAUUUCCUUUAAUACAGUUAUAAGAUCCAUAACUUGAGCACUAAAGCUGGUCCUGAAGUUGGACAAGGGUAAGGAGACAUGCUGUAUGUCUGAGUCACCUAAAUCUGUACAUUGUUAGGAAGAAUACUUUGGCCAGACCUAUAUUUCAAAGGCCCUGGACUGCUUCAAUUGCUGAGAGCAACAGGGGCAUGAAUUAGUCAGCUUUGGAUGAGCAUGAAAGUGAUGGAUCAGGUGCUUCCCUAACAUCCUCAUUAUCAUCACCAUGUCGUGUAUACGGGGCCACAGUAAUGCUCCAGAACUCUUGAUCAUUCAUGGGGUUUGGAAGUUCUUAAAUUUCCUCAUGAUUGUGUUUUUUGCCACACAGUCUACAUAAUAAUUUUUUAUUUUUUUUUUGUUCAAUCUUCUUCUGGGUUUUUGAAGUAGUCUUAUUAGGCUAGACGCUACAGGCCUGAAUUUUUUUUAAAAUUUCCUCGGCAAUCUAUACUCGGUUUGUCACUGUAUUAUGGUAGACAGAUAUAUGAAGGUUUAUUUUAGGGUGGUUGUCCUAUAAAACCAAUAGGCUGUGACAAUAAAAGCGGCGCUUAAGUCAGCAAAAGGUGCAAAAAAUCAACAUUUUAGCUAGUAGUCCAUAUGUAAUUGACAAUGACAUAAAUUCAAAAGUGAUUUGAACCCUGAAAAUCCAUGAAUAAACAGACAUUGUCACUUUAAGUAAAAUCCCUAAGCUGGCAAGCUAAGGGACAAAUAAUCAUUUUAUAAUCAUAAGUGAAGCAAUCUACUUUUCUUUACUACUGUGCCAGAUUUGCUUAUUUGGCAGUAUUUGGACAAUGACAUUUCUAUAAACAUUGUUCUUGGAACAAUGAAAUUUCCCUUAUCCAUUAACAAAUGUUUUUCACAAAAGUCCACACGUGCAUAACUUUAAUAAAUGCUAAAAUGCGAUACUUCAAAAUUGUACAAAAACGAAUUUGACCCAUUUACAUUUUCUUUAAAUCAUAAUAUUUAUGCAAUCAUAUAUUCAUGUUCUUAAUAAAUAUUCAAUGACACCUUGCAAAAUAUGAUCAUUACAACAUUUUCAAAGUAUCAUCAUUUUCAUCUUCUUCACUGCCUGUGAUGCAUCCACUGUUCACAUACACGUUUUUACAUUCCUCCCUGCUCACAGAGGCAUGAUUGAGUACAUGGUAACUUUUUCCCCCUGCAAGGAUACAGGUUAACUCUCAUGCAACGGGAUUUACCGCAUUUACAAGCAAUUAGUGCCCGAAGUCCAUUGGGCACU